AAGAGGAGAGUUUGUGAACUUCUCAUUACACAACACACCCUUUGACUGAAGUCACUUCAAAUACAGUCAUGGUUUGCAAGCUCGGGUUUGUCUUCGUCGUUCUGAUUUCCGUUGGCUCUACGUUGGGUUGGCCUUGGAGAAGCGAUCCUGCUCAGCAAGAGCAUCUAACCAGGCAAAAGCGAAGCGUGGAGUGCAAAAAUCACUUAGACUGUUUCCAAUGUGAUCAAAAGAAGAGGCAAGGCCAGUGUGCCGCAUACUUGUCAGUGUGUCAGCACACCUGUAAUCCCGAUUGCGCGUCGACGCCCUUCGCUGACGAGCCUUACAAGCCAUGCGCAGAUAUCAAGGCCCAAGGCGACUGUUUGAAAGCAAUGCCAUAUUCAUCUUCUUUAUGGUUGUCUGUCUGCGAAAAGUCUUGCUGUGUUCUGGAAAAUCCGCCUAAAUGGAGUGAAUGGUCUGAUUGGGGAUCCUGCUCCAAGUCCUGUGAUCAUGGAUUCAAAACAAGGACUCGCGUAUGUCAAGGCGAAGGAUUUGGUCAAACAUGUGAGGGGUCUCCCUUUGAAUCAGCCAAGUGUAAUGUUGGUGUUCCUUGUAAAGGAACUGUUGGCUGGAAAGAUAUUACUACAACUGUAGAAGAAACUGUUGGAAAGGUUACUCUUACCAUCGUAAGGACAGUGAAGACAGACUGCGAUGCGUCCAUCAAAGUAAAUACCAAAGAUGGCACUGCAGUGCAGCCAGAUGACUAUGUCAAGAUAGAAGACCUUGUUAUCGACUUUGCAACGGACGAAACCGAAAAGACUGUCACGUUUACCAUCAACAAGGACAAACUUAUCGAACCUCUGGAGUCUUUCACUGCUGUCAUCACAGCUGACCCUAACAAACUCAACGUCGAUCCGGCAGUAACAACUAUCAACAUCAAGGACUGUACUGCUAAGAUUGGUCUUCGUCCAGAUAAAUAUGAAGUUCAGGAAAAUUUGAAGAUCGUCAAAGUAACGGUGUUUAGAGAAGGAUGUCUUCGUGAUACAAAUAAAGUCUGUAUUUCCACAGUCGAUGGAACCGCCAAGGCUGUAAGUGACUACGUCGCCAUUUCGAAACAGGAGGUAUCCUUUGCACCAACUGAAACGUCCAAGGAAAUUUCUAUCACUAUUGUAAAUGAUGGAGUAGAAGAACAAGACGAAGAUUUCUCUGUUGAACUCGGCUGUGCAGAUCCUGCUACUUUGAUCGUUGCACCUGGUAAAGCCACUGUGGUGGUGAAAGAUGACGAUGUUGAUGGCAAUUGGUCUGACUGGGGUCCUUAUGGAGACUGCAGCAAGACUUGUGGAAGUGGCGUACAAACACGAUCAAGGACAUGCACCAACCCUAAGCCACAAGGAGGUGGAAAAGACUGUGAAGGAUUAGCAGUCAGUUCUCAGGCUUGCAACACUCAUAAAUGCCCAAUCAAUGGAAGCUGGAGUGAAUGGGGUCCCUGGAGCGAAGGAACCAGAACAUGUGGAGGAGCAACACGAUACAGAACUCGAACAUGUACAAAUCCUCCCCCACAAUAUGGCGGUUUAGAUUGUGAAGGACCAGAGAAAGAAACUCAAGGUUGCAAUAACGAGCCAUGCCCAGCUCAAGUUGGUCUUAAGCCUAAGGAAAUAUCCGUCCUUGAAAAUGUCGGAAAAGUUGAAAUCACCGUGUUCAGGGUUGGAAAUUCCAUUGGUUCAAACAAAUGCAAGCUAAACACAGUUGCUGGUUCCGCCGAAGCAGGCAAAGAUUUCGAUGCUAUUGCAGAUUUAGAUGUUAUCUUCGAGGUUGGAGAGGAAACGAAGACUGUAUCAGUGAACAUAAUUGACGACAAAGAGCUCGAAGAAAGCGAGAACUUCCAAGUCAAACUGUCGUGUAGUGAGGACCCUAGUGUAACAGAAGUCAAUCCAGACACAACUACCAUAACAAUUACCGACGACGAUGUUCAAAUUGGAUUCGAUCCCACUUCUUAUAGUGUUCGUGAGACUGAUGGUCAAGUGACCUUGAAGGUGUUCAGAAAAGGUUACCUCAAAGAGCCUAAUACUGCCAUUGUUAACACAUGCGACCUAACAGCCAAGGCACCAGAAGAUUUCACUGCACUAGCAGACUUUGAAGUGAGCUUUGCGGCAGGCGAGACUUCCAAGGAUGUAGUCGUUAGCAUCGUUGACGACAAAGUUCUUGAAGAUGUUGAAACUUUCUGCGCCACUCUCAGUACAGAAGACCCCAAGGUGUCAAAGGUUGAUCCUGCAAAGGCAGAAAUUUCCAUUGUUGAUAACGACGUUAAGGUCGGAUUCCGUCCAGAUGCUUAUGAGAUUGUGGAGAGCAAGCCAUACGUCAUUGUCAAAGUCUAUAGGGUUGGAAACCUCAAAGGAGUUACUAAAGUCAUCUUGAAUACCAUUCCAGACUCAGCUUCUGAAGGCAGUGACUUUACUCCUCUUGAAGACGUCGUUGUCACUUUCUUGGCUGGAGAGAGCAUCCAAUCCUUCAAGGUAAACAUCGUUGACAAUAACAUUGUUGAAAGUCUGGAGAGCUUCACCGUGAAGAUGACCACGAAAGACACUGAUGUAACAAAGAUUCUUCCAGAUGUUGCUACCAUUAAGAUUAUAGAUGAUGAUGCCGUGUUCAGCAUAGAACAGCCACAGUAUUGCGUCUUAGAAACUGCUGGUUCAUUGACAGUUAAAAUUACCAGAAAAGGUGCAACAACCUUCGAACACAAUGCUAUUUUGAACACUCAAGAUGUAUCAGCCAUUGCACCAGCUGAUUACGAAAAGAUCACAGACUUAGGUGUCAAGUUUGGUGCCAAUGAACUGGAAAAAGAAGUGACCGUCAAUAUCGUUGAUGAUAAUGCAGAAGAAGGCCCAGAAAAAUUCAAACUUGUUCUUACAACAUCAGAUCCUAGAGCCACUGUUGAAAAUGGCGUUGCUGUCAUUAACAUUGAAGAUAACGAUAUUGAUGGCAAAUAUUCCGAAUGGUCAGCCUGGAGUGCAUGUGGCAAGUCAUGUGGACAGUCCUCACAAAGCAGAACAAGAGUCUGUGACCCAGCUCCACAGGGUGGCGGAGCUGCCUGUUCUGGACCGAACACAGAAACAAAAUCUUGCUUCGUUUUAGAACACUGCCCAGUUGAUGGUGGUUUUAGUGACUAUGCAGCCUGGGGAGAUUGCUCCAGAUCCUGUGGUGGCGGAUUCCAGCUGAAGUACCGUACCUGCACCAACCCAGCUCCUCAAUAUGGUGGCAAACCCUGCGUUGGAACUUUAGUAGAAGCCCAAGCUUGCAACGACAAAUGUUGCCCAGUUGAUGGACAAUGGAGUUACUAUGGCAGCUGGAGUGAAUGCAAAGAUGGAAAACAGUCCAGGACCCGCAAAUGUAACAAUCCAGCGCCAUCUUGCGGAGGCAAGGAUUGCGAAGGAGGUGCUGGUGCUGCAACUCAGACCAGGGACUGUCCACCACCUUCACCUUGUGUAUAUGAAUCGAUGCUAACCCUCAGCAACAGAGAGCUCGAAACUGGAGAAUUCCAAAGCAAAGAUAAUGAAAUAAGAAAAUCUUGCAAGAGUGGAACUCAGUCUCGUACCAGAACAUGCACCAACCCUGCACCAGCUAACGGUGGGAAAAAAUGUGUAGGAGAUUCAAGCCAGAGCAGAGUCUGUAAUAAGAAUGUUCCUUGUCCAGUAAGUGUUCGAUUUCAUCCACUAAACUACAAAGUAGUUGAAAGCGAUGUUAAUGAUGUGACAGUAAAGAUUGUGAGAUCUGGAGACCUUCAACAAGCAACAACAGUCUUUUUGAGUACAGUCGAUGGAACAGCAAAGAAACUGUCAGACUAUCGACCACGCAAUAAGCUGCCAGUGAAGUUCAAGCCCGGACAAAAGGAACGUAAAGUCAGAAUUGAUAUCAUUAACGACAAGAAGGUUGAAAAGGCGUCUGAGAAUUUCUUUGCCAAACUCACAUCCGAUAGCCCAUCGGUUAAAAUCGUACCAUCUGGAAGCAAGGCUACUAUCAGGAUUGAUGAUGAUGAUUCUGUGUUCAGAUUCAAGAAGAUCCGUUAUGUCGUCAAGGAAAACGUUGGAAAAGUAAAUCUCGUUAUUCUGCGAUCUGGAGCAACUAACAAAAAGCAGACGGCACGGAUUCAGACAAAGGAUGGAACCGCUGUUUCUACAGCAAAUGGUGAUUUCCAAAGUGUAGGGAACCCUACUCCACUGUCUGUCGUAUUUGGUCCUGGAGAAAAACACAAAACAGUUUCUGUCAAAAUCAAUGAUGACAAGAUUUGUGAAAAAAGAGAGAGAUUCACAGUCAUUUUGUCAACGAAAGAUAACAGCGCCACUGUUAAUGAUAAAUUUGAUGUAGCAGUCGUCGAUAUUCUAGACAACGAUGUUAAUGGAGGCUGGGGAAAGUGGUCCCCAUGGGGCAAAUGCGACAAACCUUGUGGUAAAGGCAGAAAAUACAGAUCCAGAAAGUGUAACAAUCCUGCCCCACAGGGGGGUGGACGUAAAUGCCGAGGAAGUCCCAGACAAUCAGCAUAUUGCUAUGUCAAGAGAUACUGUCCUAUAAAUGGUGGAUACGGUGAAUGGUCAAAAUGGAGCAGCUGCUCAAGAUCUUGUGGUGCAGGAUCGCGCACAAGAACACGUGUUUGCAACAAGCCAAAACCUCAGUAUGGCGGUAAACCUUGCGAUGGAGUGCCAAAACAGACCAGGAAAUGCUACUUACGAGCUUGUCCCUAUGCAGGUAACACGCCAACACCUCCACCCUACAAACCACCGGAAACGAAGCCUCCUGCGUACCAACCACCUCCUCCCUACAACCCCUACUAAGUCUGAAGACAAAAUACAACUGCCCUCGGAAUGAAAGGACUUUGAUGAAGGAUAUCCAGUUUUAAGACUCAAAAGUUAAAAAUUAAAAUAGAAGGUUGAAACUGUGAAACAGUGAAUACAAAAUGAUUGUAUUAAUAAUAGUUGAUAAUAAAUUGAAGCAGAAUCAUAAACUCAA